AUGGCCAAGCACCACUCCUCCGACAAGUGCUCUGCCACUGUCCGUGUUCCUCCUAUGGGGGUCCACAACGUCUCCCAAGCCGUUGCCUUCACCAACGACCACACAAAAACCCUCAAGUACCAGAUCUGCUGCGGUGUCGACAACCAGCUCAUCAUCUACAACAAGAACUGCUUCAAGUUCUGCGAUACCCCCACCAACCAGACUGAAGUCCUCUCGUGUAUCAAGGACGCCGGUGUCACCAAGGUCGAAGCCUACAACAGCAGCCAAGAGUCCAACGAUGACACCUCGGCUGCCAUUCCUGUCUCGACCAACAUGAUGUCCAAGUCGGCCAUCGGGCUGGCCGCCAUGAUGGUGCUCAGCAUGGCUGUCGGAACGCUCUAG